GAAGACACUUCCAGCCAACAAACCUCCCUCUCUUUUUCUUUCACUCCCCUCCAGUUGGACUUUGACUUGCAGGAGGCGGGGGAGCCACAAGAGGAGAGAGCGAGGAGGAAGGAACCACAGAGGAACUCUUGUUGGAGGCCAGCCUGUUCCAUGUUGUUUGUCACGCUCUUGGCGGGGCUUCUACUCGCUGCCGCAGGCAACCCUUGCCCCAUCCAGCUGAGCCCCUCCAGGGUCGUGGUGAAGUACGGAGACCCCGUGCGGGUGGACUGCAGCUCCUUAGACCCCCAGUACAGCGGGAUGGGCUGGGAGGCUUCGCUGGGUGGAACCAGCCUUAAGACGAGCCGCCAUUUGACCUGGAGCGUGGACUCGCUGACGACGUGGAAAAUCUCGCCCAGAUGCUACAGCAACCCAGUGGCGGGAAGUUCCAGGAAGCAGUGCUCCAAGACCCUGGACGUGGUGGUUUACACGUUCCCAGAGAGCAUCAACAUCAAGCAGGAGCGGACUCCAGACCGCAGUGCUGUGCUGGAAGAAAACGACGUGCUUGACUUGAAGUGUGAGGUGGGCUUCAUCGCGCCCGUGUCCCGAGUCAAUGUCAGGUGGCACAGCAGGAGAAAGGCACGCUUCCAUACGUCCAGCAACAACCUACUCACAAAGGAACCUGUUGACCUGAGCUCCCCAUAUAAAUAUUUGGCCAAAAUGGAUGACCAGAUCCGAUGUGAGGCUCAUUUGGACCUGAGACCGGAGGGACCAGAACUCAGUGUCUUUUCACCUGUGUUCAAAAUCUCUGUUGUUAGCGGCCCUGACUUUGAGUGCGCCGACACUGAAGUUGUAGAAGUGCAGGAAGAUUCUAUGAGGACACUGGAGGACCUGUGCCCCGUGAAAGGCAGUCCCACCCCUGUGGUCACAUGGCAGAAAGACGGGAGGACGGUGAACCGCUGGGUUCCUGUGACCAGGGAAUUUUCAGGACAGUACAUCAUCCAAGCAGAAGGCGCCAAGUCUGCCACCAAGCGGGUGGAGCUGCUGGUCCUGCAUGACGACGUGCAGGUGAGGUGUCCGGCCCUCCACAAUGUGACGGAGCAUACCUCUCUGGACCACCACCUCCCCUGCUCUGUGGAGGGCUUCCCUCAAGCGCAGGUCACCUGGUACAAAGAUGGAGAGCAGGUGGAGCUGUCGGAGCCCCUGACCAGAUAUGACGCGGGGCCGUACGUGGUGGUGGCCUCCAACAUGUACUCCAGCGCCAACGCCACAGUGGAGCUGAACGUUCAAUACUCGCCGUCGGCCAUCGAGGAGCUGCUGGACGUUGUGGCUAAGCUGGGCUCUGACGUGUGGCUGAAGUGCUCCGCCCGAGGCAACCCUCGACCCGACUACACCUGGACUCAUGACCACGCCCACAAUCUUCAGGUCUUUAAUGAAGAUGGAGUGUCUCGUUUGCUGAUCUCUAAUGUGACCAAAGCGGGCAACUACACUUGCCACGCCCACAACCUGGCAGGCGCCACUUCUCGAAGUGCCCGACUUUCUGUGGAAGCAGUUCCCCCGCUGUGUGAGCUGACAGACUUGGUGUGUGGCUCCAGUUGUGUCCCUAAAAUUGUGAUCUGUGACGCUGUGAAGGACUGCACGGACGGCUCGGACGAGGCUGUGGAUUUAUGCUCUAUGGCCAACGGUGAAGCCCACGAAUGCCCCAUCAGGAUAGACCCCGAGGUCCUGGUGCUGCAAUACAAAAGCCACGGGCAGAAUGUAACAUGCGUGCCCACACUCGCCGCCGGCUCUGGAAACGACAUGAAAACUAAGUGGUUAAAUGGGCGUGGCGUCCACAGCCAGACGUGGGCGCCUGACACCUGCAAAGACUGGGACCCUCAUCCCGUCUGCACCGCUGUCCUCCAGGAGAAAACAAUCUGCCAGAAACAUCUGGACUUCACUCUCUACAAAAUGCCAGACAGCGUCGUCAUCCGUCCUGAGGAGAACGUGAGCCUUGGUGAGGGCACCUUGUGGCAGCUGCAUUGUGACGUCAUCAACGUGGCGCCCGCACACCGCCUCGCUGUGCGCUGGUACCACGGCAAUGAAACUUUACAGCCGGCGGUCACAGGGCCACUGCGACUGGCUGACUGCCUGCCUGAAAAGGACGCCAACAGUACAUGUGACAUCAGCGCCAUCAGGACGCCAGUCAACGUGUCUUCUAGUGCCAGGCUCCGUCUCCACCGACACCUUAAGGGAGCUCAUUUGCGCUGCGAGGUGUACUUGGAGCUGGGAGCAGGGGGGCCGCAGCCCCCUCCCUCCAUGAUGUCUGGUCCUGUCAGUGUCACCGUCCACUACAAGCCCGUCAUCAACACCACCAAACUGCCCACGGUGGUGCCGCUGUUCCGAGGUUACCCCGAGGAGUUGGUGUGCGAGGCGGACGGCCAGCCAGCGCCACAGAUCGAGUGGAUCCACGCUGCAGAUGCUCGUGUGUCGGGGGGGAACAUCACGGUCAGGGAGGCGGGCCUCUACACCUGCAGGGCCUCUAAUUACCUGGACAUGGUCUCCUAUCAGGUGGAAGUCAUUCCAAAAGAGGACUACCUGCCCCUCAUAGCCGGCUUUGUGGCGGCCACCGUGGUCAUCAUCUCCGUCAUCUUCCUCUUCAUCUACUCCAUCUACUACAAGAACACCAAGAUGCGGCGCUACAGCCUGAAAAACCCCAAAGUGGAGCUGCAGACGGGCCACGUGGCCCACAAUGGUUGGGACCUGCAGUUCCCCAUGACUAAGCUGUCCUAGUCCACAAUGGUUGGGACCUGCAGUUCCCCAUGACCAAGCUGUCCUAGUCCACAAUGGUUGGGACCUGCAGUUCCCCAUGACUAAGCUGUCCUAGUCCACAAUGGUUGGGACCUGCAGUUCCCCAUGACUAAGCUGUCCUAGUCCACAAUGGCUGGGACCUGCAGUUCCCCAUGACUAAGCUGUCCUAGUCCACAAUGGUUGGGACCUGCAGUUCCCCAUGACUAAGCUGUCCUAGUCCACAAUGGUUGGGACCUGCAGUUCUCCAUGACCAAGCUGUCCUAGUCCACAAUGGUUGGGACCUGCAGUUCCCCAUGACUAAGCUGUCCUAGUCCACAAUGGUUGGGACCUGCAGUUCUCCAUGACCAAGCUGUCCUAGUCCACAAUGGUUGGGACCUGCAGUUCCCCAUGACUAAGCUGUCCUAGUCCACAAUGGUUGGGACCUGCAGUUCCCCAUGACUAAGCUGUCCUAGUCCACAAUGGUUGGGACCUGCAGUUCCCCAUGACUAAGCUGUCCUAGUCCACAAUGGUUGGGACCUGCAGUUCCCCAUGACUAAGCUGUCCUAGUCCACAAUGGUUGGGACCUGCAGUUCCCCAUGACUAAGCUGUCCUAGUCCACAAUGGUUGGGACCUGCAGUUCUCCAUGACCAAGCUGUCCUAGUCCACAAUGGUUGGGACCUGCAGUUCCCCAUGACUAAGCUGUCCUAGUCCACAAUGGUUGGGACCUGCAGUUCCCCAUGACUAAGCUGUCCUAGUCCACAAUGGUUGGGACCUGCAGUUCCCCAUGACUAAGCUGUCCUAGUCCACAAUGGUUGGGACCUGCAGUUCCCCAUGACUAAGCUGUCCUAGUCCACAAUGGUUGGGACCUGCAGUUCUCCAUGACCAAGCUGUCCUAGUCCACAAUGGUUGGGACCUGCAGUUCCCCAUGACUAAGCUGUCCUAGUCCACAAUGGUUGGGACCUGCAGUUCCCCAUGACUAAGCUGUCCUAGUCCACAAUGGUUGGGACCUGCAGUUCUCCAUGACCAAGCUGUCCUAGUCCACAAUGGUUGGGACCUGCAGUUCCCCAUGACUAAGCUGUCCUAGUCCACAAUGGUUGGGACCUGCAGUUCCCCAUGACUAAGCUGUCCUAGUCCACAAUGGUUGGGACCUGCAGUUCCCCAUGACUAAGCUGUCCUAGUCCACAAUGGUUGGGACCUGCAGUUCCCCAUGACUAAGCUGUCCUAGUCCACAAUGGUUGGGACCUGCAGUUCCCCAUGACUAAGCUGUCCUAGUCCACAAUGGUUGGGACCUGCAGUUCUCCAUGACCAAGCUGUCCUAGUCCACAAUGGUUGGGACCUGCAGUUCCCCAUGACUAAGCUGUCCUAGUCCACAAUGGUUGGGACCUGCAGUUCUCCAUGACUAAGCUGUCCUAGUCCACAAUGGCUGGGACCUGCAGUUCCCCAUGACUAAGCUGUCCUAGUCCACAAUGGUUGGGACCUGCAGUUCCCCAUGACUAAGCUGUCCUAGUCCACAAUGGUUGGGACCUGCAGUUCCCCAUGACUAAACUGUCCUAGUCCACAAUGGCUGGGACCUGCAGUUCCCCAUGACUAAGCUGUCCUAGUCCACAAUGGCUGGGACCUGCAGUUCCCCAUGACUAAGCUGUCCUAGUCCACCUGGAGCUCAGCCUUUCUACUUCUAACAAGCACAAAGGGAAUUUCAACUUCUCCAGCCUUUUUAAACCCGACACAUUUAGGAAGCACUCUGCGCUUUUAAACUGAGGACUUGCACUACUUUCAGGUCUUGGAGGGAAAAGCUCAUCUGCUGUGUGCUAAUCACUGAGCCUUUUCCCCACCACUGUGCAGGUGUGUGCAGGUGUGUGCAGGUGUGUGCAGGUGUGGUGUGGGCCACACACUCCUCUCAAAGCUAACAACUCUUUGUAUUGCUCAGCAUGGCAAGAGGACUGCAUUGUUUUUAUUGAUGUGUGUGAAUAUUGCUGUAAAUAUUUAUGAAAGGAUUUUAAAUAUAUAUAUUAUUAAAGAUAUGGCUUAUUAGAA